GUUUAUCAGAGCAGUCACUGCAUAAGAGGAACUGGCACUAUAGUGGUCAUUUUACGUUCACAUCAGUACUCCAGUCCUUUAAUUCAUCUAGCCAUUUAGGCAGUGGAUAGUUCUGUAGUCAGGUUUAGUAGACUUCCUGAAGAGCGCGCAACAAGUUUGUAAAAGCUUCUCAAAGCCGAUGAGCCUGUUAUAGGUCAUUCUGACAAGUGGGUGAAGGUCCUUUUAUUGGAACAGUUCACACUUUUCCGGGCAUCCUUUGGAGGUAGUCAGUUAUUUAAUGGUUUUAGGUUUUAUUUUUUUUAAUUCUGAAUAUUGAUGCACUGUGCAUUAACACCGAGGCUGGCAAUAUCAGACGUUCACUUCUCCGCCUGAGUUACAUGCGGAGCGUGUGGUGUUGCAUUGCUGAAAAAUGAGUAUGAAGGUUGCGGGAGGUAAAGGAGACGCGAGGUGCGAUGAAGACAUGGAGGAGAAAGCAGGUUCGCAAAGACAGGACUACUGUUGCCGGACUUUUGCAAAUGCUCUCUCUUUCACAUUUUCCCUUGUGUCUGUAGCGUUCUGCAUAUUUCUUGGUAUACAGACCUCCGUUAUCAAAGAAAGAGUAUUCGCAUUAGAAACUGGAAGCGGACAGUUACUUUAUCAUCAGGUUCCAGGCUUUUCUGUCGAUCAGCUGAAUUCAAUGAUACAAGAAAGAGUGGAUGAACUACUGGCUCAGAGAUCUUACGAACAUUUGGCCAAGAUAAGGACUGCACGUCAAGCUCCACCUGACUGCAACUGCCCGGCAGGUCCUCCAGGAAAGCGAGGAAGGAGAGGCAGAAAUGGAGAACCUGGACCUCCUGGUCCUCCUGGUCCAAAAGGUGAAAAGGGGGAUCAAGGCAACCAAGGACCACGGAUGGUCUUCCCUAAGAUCAGUCAUGGCUUUCUUUCCGCUGAUCAGCAGCUCAUUAAUCGCCGAGUCAUUAAGGGAGAUCAGGGUCAGACAGGCCCUCCAGGGCCCCCUGGGCCCCCAGGGCCCCCUGGUCCAAGAGGGCCCCCAGGAGACACAGGAAAGGAUGGUCCAAGAGGGUUACCAGGGCUACAGGGAGAUACAGGAAAACCAGGAGAGCAGGGGCCAGUGGGACCACAGGGACCUCCGGGACAAAAGGGCUCAAUUGGACCUCCAGGAAUUUCAGGUGUAGAUGGACAGAAGGGUGAAUUGGGGGAACGAGGUGAAAAGGGCGACAUGGGGGAGAGCGGACCUAAAGGGGAGGUGGGCGAAAAGGGUGAUGCAGGGUCCUCUGCAGCAGGGAUAAAGGGUGAACCGGGAGAACCUGGCAGAUCAGGACAAAAGGGAGAGCCAGGACUGCCCGGGUUACCAGGACUUCCUGGAAUAAAGGGUGAACCAGGAUUCAUGGGACCCCAAGGAGAGCCUGGUUUGCCAGGGUUGCCAGGAACAAAGGGUGAGAGAGGAGAGGCAGGGCCACCAGGGAAAGGAGAACGAGGAGAACCCGGUCCUAUGGGGCAGAAGGGAGGGCAAGGUGAGGCCGGACCCCAAGGCCUCAAAGGGUCAAAGGGUGAUCCUGGUGAAAAGGGGGAGUCUGGGUCCAUGGGGCCACGGGGUCCACCUGGACAGAAGGGAGACCAAGGAGCCACAGAGAUCAUUGACUAUAAUGGAAACAUCCAGGAAGCCCUACAGAGGAUUACCACUAUAACUGUCACGGGUCCCCCAGGACCUCCCGGACCAGUAGGACCACAGGGAAUAAAGGGAGAGCCAGGAUCCACAGGUCUGCCUGGACUGGAUGGUGAGAAUGGCCCUAAAGGUUCAAAAGGAGACAUGGGCAUUCCUGGCAUAUCUGGAGAGAAAGGAGCCAUGGGUCUGCCUGGCCUACCUGGUGUUAAUGGGCUGAAAGGAGAAAAGGGAGAUCCUGGUUUGCCAGGUCCUCAGGGACCUUCAAUUAUAGGUCCUCCAGGAGCUCCUGGCCCACAUGGUCCUCCAGGCCCAAUGGGACCCCAUGGCUUUCUUGGACCUAAGGGUGAACCAGGGUUGAAUGGUCUUAAGGGAAUGAGAGGGGAGCCAGGGCACAAGGGUGACAGAGGACCCCUUGGUCUCCCUGGAGCAUCUGGCUUAGAUGGAAAGCCAGGACUCAGGGGAAUGGACGGUCCAGUUGGUCCUACCGGUCCAGCAGGUCCCAAAGGUGACAGGGGUGAAAGAGGACCACCUGGUGAACCUGGACCAAGAGGACCUUAUGGAUUACCGGGCACAGCAGGAGCACCUGGAUUAGAUGGGUUACCAGGCUUAAAGGGAGAGAAAGGAGAUCUUGGUGACAGAGGAGAAAAGGGGGAAAAGGGAAAGAAAGGCAAAAAAGGGCCUAAGGGGGAGAAAGGUGAACAGGGUGCCCCUGGAUUAGAUGCACCUUGCCCAUUGGGAUUCCGGGGAUUUAAGGGUGAAAAGGGGGAACCAGGUCAGCCUGGCCUAGAUGGGCUGGAUGCCCCCUGCCAAUUGGGACCUGAUGGAUUACCAAUGCCUGGAUGUUGGCAGAAGGGAGUCACACCAUGGCUGGUGGCUUGAAAAGAAUUGAUCCCAAAGGAAUAGAGAUGGGUCAUUCUUUUUUGUUCUUUAUUGGGUGAGGCCUUCAGUGGUUUAUGAUCUACAGAUCUUCACCUUACACUUGUGUGGCUCUCAUGCCCUGUGCCUGCACACCUGGUUUUCAAGCUUGUUGAGGAAAACAGCAUUUUGUCAUUUUGGUGAGCAGAGAAUGAGGACCAUAAACACUGUCUGGUAUGGACUGAUUUAGACUGACAGUGAUUCAGACAGGAGACAUCGGCAGCUCCACACAGUUGUAUUGAUGGGAUUCCAGUGGACUAGCAGUGUUUCAGAUUCACACGAAGAAUCUUUGAUGAAAGGAGAGGACCUGCAGUCCUUUUUUCCUGAGAGAGAAGAUGCCUCUUCAAAGGCCUGCGGUCAUUCAGGUUCUGUGCCAACGAAGGGAUCGGAGUCAUCUCUAAGGUGAUUCCAAAAGAAAGAGUUUGACUGCUCACUUGAAAAAAAGGAUUUUAACAGAAGGAUGUUUUAUUAUUAUAUGUCAUUAUUCAUAUUCAUAUUUUUGCAUAAAAGCCUUUGGCACCUCAAGAAUUUUUUUGGUGCCUUGAGGAUUUUUUAUUUAUUCCUUUUUUUUGUGGAAACAUUAAGAAAUCACCAAGGCUUAAGCAUGGGGAAUGAUAUUGUAUUAUGUACAAUAUACCAGUAUUAACCCAGCAAACACCAAACUUUUUAAUACUUUCUUUGAAAAAUGACCUUAAAAGUCAUUGAAAGGUUGCACUUGUGUUAUUUUGGACAAAUUGCUUUAGCAAGUUUUUUGCAGCCUUACUAGGAGGAAUAUCAGACAUUCAGACAUAACAUUAAAACCUCAUUACAAAAACACCAGACAUUUAUGCGAUGCCCAGUAUAUGUAUUUACAAGAUGUUACAUGGGUAUGUUUUGUAGACAUUAUUAAGUUGGAAAAUGUGAAUUCAGCAGCAUUGUAAACUAUAACAUUAUAAAGAAUGUUUGGACAGCAUCCCCUGUAGUCUAAAGAUUUGCAUUGUCAGGUUACAGUACAAAUUUGUAACAUUUUUAUAAUAUUUUCACAAUGUUAUUUGGUUGGCUGGGAAAUUGCUUGAAUACAAGUUACUAUAUAUGUUGUUUUAUGCACAUACUCUGAACAAUCUUUUCAAAGCUAUUUGUAAUCUUCAAUAUUAUCUUCAAUAUGAACUGAAAACACUGCUUCAACAGACUUUUGCCUCUAAUUAAGUGAAAAGGGAAUUUACAGCUUUUACAAAGGGUUGAUAUAUACAUAUAUAUUAAAAAUAUGGUUUCCUUUACCUCUAAAUUGUGUCACUGAACUGACUGACUUAACUUGAAAUAUUCAAAGAGAGUUUAAUAUAUUUAUAGACAAUUUCUGUACAAUAUUAACUAAGUGACUGUGAUGUAGUCAUGAAAAUUCAAAUUGCCUUUUCCUCAUUUUUUCAAAAUCCUUAAUAGAAUUUGAGAAGAAAUUUGGCUAGUUUUUAAAAAAAGUCAGUCUAAGCACAAUCGGGAUAGUUCCUAAUCUGACAGACCUCCUUUUCAAUUUUAGAAGAGUUGCUUAGUUUGUUAAGACAUUUAAAUUAGACCUUACAAUUCCUUUAUUAAGGUUUAAAAGGUUUCAUUAACAAUGGUGCUGUGCUUUCCCAUACAUAUUGUUUGUGUUAGAAUUUUUUAUCUUCCUUUUUUUAUUCUUCAAAGUGUACCUCUCUUAAAAAGUACUAAAAAUCAUCUACAUUUAAAAUAGAUGGUUGGCUAAUAGCAAAUGGAGCUGCAGCAUUUUUUGCUUGAACACAUUUCUGGUGGCCCAAUUGAUAAAAUGUGUUUAACUGUUAAAAUUGAUUGAUAAAAAAGAUAGUGGUGAAAUAAGGAUAUGCUUUGCCUAAAACUUACUCACUUGACAACCACUGAAUUAAUUGCCCUUUUUCUGUUCAUCCUAAAUUAUCCUAAAUGUGGAAUCCUAAAGUAAAUCAAAUGACACCAUUCGAUUUGGUAACUAUACAGUAGGUGAGCACUAGAUUUUUCUUUAGUUGCAGGAAGAAGAACACAAAAAAUGAGAAAAAACACAGAACCCUUUGUAUAAUAUACAGGCCUGGUUUGAAAACAUCAUUAAAUCUUAAAUUACAAGUCUGUAAAGAGGAUUCAGCUAAUGUUUUUUUCUUAUUGAAGCAAAUCACACUCAGAUAUCCUUACACCAAUGGGUCAAAGUUGAUGGUGUUAAUUCCACAUGGAUAUACAGUAAGUUAGAAAGAAUAUAUUAAAUAUAAAUAUAUUUAUGAACAAGUAAAAAGUUUAUUCCA